UUUGUGGCUUUUUUGUUGCUGUUGAAACACGAAACACCGCGUGGGCGUCCAAAGUGGCAGUUAUGGCCAUAAAAUACAAAUAUGUACGUACGAGUGAGGAUGCAGGAUAAACAACCAAAUACUGGCACCACCAUUAAACUGGAGCAUGACAAUGAUUUGGAUUGCUGGCAUCAUCGUUUGGAUUUAAAUUCCAACAGGUUGUUGCUACAAAACUCUGAUGAUCCGCUCAUCUCACACGGUGCUGCCAAUGAUGUACACGAUGAGGAUCAUCCAUUUAAAACAUUGUUGGCCAGCAAAACGCAGGAGCAGCAACAGCAGCAACACAACCUGCAACAUCAUCAUCAUCAUCAUCAGCAGCAGCAUCACCAGCAACAUUUACAUCUGCAUACACAGUCUCAACAACAACAGCAGCAACAUAAUGUUGCUGGCGCUUGUAGUUCGUUAACCAAGCAGCAAUUAAAAGCCAAUUUGUUAAUGGGAGCCAGAAAAGUGACAAAAAGUCAAGCUCAAAUGCAAUUGCAGACACCAAAUGAAGUUAAGGCCACACAAAUUCAAACCACAAAACCGCGACAAAGUAAGAAACGUCAAACAGCAGCCGGAGCACUUAAAUUGCGUUUCCAUCAUCAGGCCUUGCCGGCGGAAUAUGCGGCACAUUUUGAGGCCACUCAAGGAAACAGGCCAACUGGAAGACCGGCAACAUUAUCAACAGCCACUGGAGCACCACCACCGCCGCCACCGGCAAAUCCUGCUCAUGAGAAUGUACGCAGUUGGCUAAGGAAAAUUGCAGAAAUCCAACGUACAGCCGAACGUCAGCAACAGCAACAAAAAGAGCAGCAGCAGCAGCAGCAGCACAUUUCAACCAAGUUGGAGGUAUCUAGCACAACAAGAACAAAAGAUAUAGCCACACCACUUAAGCGUAAUACAGUUAAAUACACCGAUUUACCCUAUAUGGGUGAGAUAACUUUGGAUAAUUAUAAACCUAGACGUGGUCGUAAGCCCAAGAAAGCGGAUAUAUGCCAUUUAAUUUAUAAAAACUAUGGCACCAUAGUGCCAAAUUCACCACCAGUUCGUCAUGUGGCCAUGUCUGAUGAACAGACAGUUGCCGGAGUCGUAGCAGCAGCAGCAGCAUCAGCAGCAGCAUCAGCUGUUACCACUGUCCAUUUGCCUGUAGAGGUGGUGGAGGUGGGGGACGAGGAGCCACUCAAUUUAUGCUUGCGAGAUCAGAGUAACGAUCGUUAUUCCAUUUCCAGCACGGAAAGCAGCAGUGAUAGACAACAGGCUACCAUAACGCCGGCGACAACGGAUACACCGACACCGACCACAACCACAGAUUGCCGUAGUUCCUGCACAACACCAUUGAGUCAGUUGACCACCAGCACCACUGCAAAACCCACUGAGAUGGAACAACGCCAGGAGCCAGCGAAAUUGUUACUACAACCCGCUGUGGGUCUCUACUAUCAACAGUUGAUGGAAAAUUGCAAUUUGGCGGCCAUCGAAACAAUUGAGAAGGACAAUCAAUUGGCCCUCAAGAUACCCAUACCAAAUGGUUUCUUUGCCAAAGAGCCAAAUAACAAUCACCAUAGAGAUGCAUCGCCUUUAAUGCUACGCAAAAGGAAACGUUCUGCCAUCUUUAUACCACCAAUGCCGGCUGAACCAUCGGCUAGUCCAUCCACAGAGGUUAGCAUUUGUAAGUUUAAAUUUACUGGCGGUGCCAAGCCCAGUUUGCAGGAGAAGAAGAUGCUCUCAGUGGAUGCAGAGGGUAAUUAUCGUUAUUAUAAUGGUACAGGAGAUAAAACAUUACGUGGCUAUGAGUUCAUUUCACGCGAACAACAACAACAGCAGCAGCAGCAGCAGCAGCAGCAACAGCAGCAGCAACAACAACAACCACACCAAUUACCAUCAUCAAUGUCUUCGAGUGGGGGAUCAGAUAAAAUCUAUAUUGAUAUACCGCCACCAUCAACGGAUCUCAGCUUGGAAUUGUUACAUAUACCGCCAGAAUCACCAACCUCCUCAUUACUAUUACCCACUGUGGUUGUGGCACCACCUCAAAGUAGUCCCCUAUCGGCCUACUCAACAACAUCACAAGGUUCCAUAACUCAGCCACAACAGCAACUGCAACAACAACAACAACAGCAACCACCGCCGAUUAAUGAACCAAAACGUCGUUCAUCACGUCGCUCCAAGCAACGUGAAAAACUUGAAAAGACAUUCAAAGAGAAGGGUUUCCUCAUCCAAACGCAACAAUUGCAAUCAGCCGAAGGUGCCACCUAUUGUAAAUUUCGUCAAUUGAAGAAAUUCACACGCUAUUUAUUUCGCAAUUGGAAGGAUCACAUACCAGACAGUGAUCUGGCCAAACAUCAUCAUCAUCAUCCACAUCCACAUCCAUCGAGCCAUAAUGGCCCAAACGUUCGUCAUGAUGAGGAUGAUGAAGAUGCUGACACAGCUGCUGCUGCUGCUGCUGCGGCUGGCGUUGGUGGCGUUGUCCUUGAGAAUCUUCUGGGUGGCCCCCUAGAGACAAGCACUUGAGUGCUUCAAGUCAAAGAGACAUACUUUAUUUUAUGCACUGCCAAAGAUUAUAAGUUUUUAGUCAUCUAAGUGUUAAAUUCCGUCCAUCAAGCGGUCAGCUAUAAAUAUUAUUUUUAUUAUUCUUUUUUUUUUUG